CAAAAUUACUAAAUCCCUUUUCAUUGCAAAUUUAUUUUAUAUUCAACUUUUCAAGUCGUUAUCAAACAGCGACGUUAUUACGGAAAGGAGAGGCUCGUUUUUAACAGAAAAUUGCAGAUUGCUGGAAAGAAACAUGUCUGGGAGUUUCUAUUUUGUCAUGGUUGGGCAUCAUGAUAAUCCUGUCUUUGAAAUGGAAUUCUUGCCUGCUGGUAAAGCUGAGUCAAAGGAUGACCACCGGCAUCUGAACCAGUUCAUUGCUCAUGCAGCCCUCGAUUUGGUGGAUGAAAACAUGUGGCUGUCUAACAACAUGUACCUGAAAACUGUGGACAAGUUCAACGAGUGGUUCGUCUCUGCCUUUGUCACUGCAGGACAUAUGAGAUUCAUCAUGCUUCAUGAUGUACGACAAGAAGAUGGAAUCAAAAACUUCUUCAAUGACGUGUAUGAUUUAUACAUUAAGUUUGCAAUGAAUCCUUUCUAUGAAACCAAUGCUCCAAUCCGGUCGACGGCAUUUGACAGGAAAGUACAGUUCCUUGGAAAGAAGCACCUCUUGAGCUGAUGAACUAACCUGGACAACAUGGUUGUGUAGCUUUUUUAAUGUCUUCAUUGUGUGCAGUUUCCAGUUGAAAUAUGUUUUAAGACAUACAUAAUAUAAAAAUAAUUUGUCUAUGAUCA